UGUCUUAUCAAGACAACUCGCUUUCACAUUAAGUUUCUUAUGUGACUGACUUGAUACAUAUGUACAUUAUUUACCUGCAGGCAUGUUUUAUUAUUUCUGAACUUACACACAGAGAAAUGAGAGGAGCAGCUUGGAGUGGAUUGGUCGUCCUUCUCUUCACUGUACCAGUGAUACAGAGUCAGAAUGGCUGGGGAGUGACUUACACCUCUACUCAGAUCUGUGCCUUAAAGGGAUCAACAGUGGAAAUACGCUGCAGCUACAGAUACCCAUCCACCAUUGUUGGUGGAGUAAAGGAAACAUUCUGGUUUACAAAAGAGAGUAAUAAUGUUUACGUGGAUCUGACAACGGACCCAGAGUAUUCAGGUCGUGUGCAGUAUCACUCUGAAAACAAGGACUGCACUCUGAGAAUCUCAGACCUGAGAGAGAGAGACUCAGCUGAGUACAAGUUCAGGUUCGCAACAAACCAAGAUGGGAAAUAUACUGGUUAUCCUGGAGUCACUCUGUCGGUCACAGGUCUCCAGGUGCAGAUUAGUGGAUUCUACACGUCCUCUAACAAGGCAGAUCUGAAGUGUCAGAGCAGUUGUCCUCUACCUGGUCAUCCUUCCUACAUCUGGUACAAGAAUGGACAGGACAUUCAGGGACAAACAUCUGAUUCGUAUUCAGCCUCCUUGGAUCCUGCAGACAGCUUUUCCUGUGCUGUAAGAGGACAUGAGAACUCCCGCUCUCCUUCAGUGUAUCCACAGCUCCAGGUACAUGUGAGGAGAUCAACAGUCAGAUCCCACCAACAGCCUACCUGGACAGAACUGACAUGUCAUAACAAGUGUCAGCUGCCUGAUCAUUACUCCUACAUCUGGUACAAGAACGGACAGAAAUUUGGAGAUAAAAAAGUUUACUUUCAUCUAGACCUAUUUAAUCCUGCAGACAACUAUUCUUGUGCUGUAUCAGGAUACGAGAUGUUCCCCUCUCCUUCAGUGUAUGCUCCAAAGCGUCCCUCUGUGUCAGUGAGUCCUUCUGGUGAUUUAAUGGAGGGAAGUUCAGUAAAUGUGACUUGUAACAGUGAUGCUAACCCAGCAGCUAACUACAGCUGGUACAAGAAUAAUCUAGUUUCCGAACGCCUCAGUGAAGGACCACAGCUCAUCUUCAGCUCCAUCCAGUCCUCUGACUCUGGACAGUAUUACUGUACAGCUGAGAACAAGCUGGGGAGGACAUCAGCAAACAUCUCUAUUAAUGUCAAAUAUGCUCCAAAGCUUCCCUCUGUGUCAAUGGUCCAAAGGAUCCCUCUGUGUCACAGUGAUGCUAACCCAGCAGCUAGAUACACCUGGUACAAGGAGAAUGAAGACUCACCAAAAGCAUCAGGACAGAUCUUCACCAUCACUGACUUCAGAGCUGAACACAGUGGGAAUUAUUACUGUGAAGCCCAGAACAGAAGAGGACGUCAGAACUCCACCUUACAUCUGACUGUUGUAGCAGAUAAAUCAACAAUAACACUGAUAACAAACAGCAUCAGGUUGACUCUGGUGGGGGUUGGGGGGCUGAUUCCUCUGCUUCUUUUUUGUCGGAGGAUGAGGAAGAAGAAAGCUCUGAGCUCCACCACUGAACCAAAUGAACCCAUAGAGACUGUGGAGACUCUUGUCCUGAGUAUGAGGAAAUCUCAGAGACUGCAGCACAAACAGAAGACCCAGAGGAGCAGGAAGACCUGGUGUGAAGCCAAACCAGAGGGAGACUCACAUGGAGGAAAACAAAAAGAAGUCUUUAACUCCAAACGUUUUCACUCUCAGUUUUUUAGAAGCAGCAGGUAGCAGAAGAUCAGAGAAGAAUGCAGCUUUAUUUGUACCUGUGCAGGUACAUAACAGAACUGAACUCAGUUCAGGAUUUGACUUGGUAAGCCAGUAAAGUCCAACUAUUCCACAGCAUGUACAGCAGAUCUUACAUGGUAUAUUUUUACACAUUGAAAAACAUGAGCUCAGCUCUGCCAAACUUUGCUAGUUGUUCAUUUGUAUUGAAUGAAUUGUAUUGUAUUGCAUGUAUUGUAGUGUGAACAUCAUGCCAGUUCCCUCUCACUGCUGCAGAGGGCGAUAGAGUUCAGGUGCAAGCUUUUGAUUUCAGCUUUAAACAAACUCUUUUUGUGUUCAUUCUUCAGAAUGAAGAUUUUAUUGAUCAGUAAUGAGUGCACAUAAAAUUUAAAUCAGUUGGUAUGCUCUGACGUAUUUCUCACUUGCCCAAUGUUGUCCAUCUGUAAAACUUGUCACAGUAUAAUAAACGUUUACUCUGGUGAACAACCUAAAACAGCAA